AUGAAUCCUGCAGAACGUACCAAAGAAGCUUUGCUUGCAAAGACCGAGCAACUCUGCAAUUCGAUCGCGGACAACAGGAAUGCCGACCCCUGGGGCGGCGACGGUUACCUCUCCACUAUCCUGCGAACUAUCAGAAUGGAGGAGACGAGCGACUACGCCCCGGCCGGGCAAACAAGUCUCAACGGCGCGUACGACUACGCGACUUCUGCGCAUAAAGAGCUGGUAGUCAAGGAGCAGGCUGCAGGUCUCAUCAAAACUGCUCAGGACAUAUCAACCCUCAUACGAGAUCUUCAGGAACUCUGGCUCUUUGGGGGCCUCGACACGCUCUCGAAUCCUGCAGACGAGGAGGCGAACCGGACAAAGGCGCUGGCAGUUGCAGAGAUGAUCGAGGCUCUGGCAAAGACGCAGCCAGUUGGUGGGAAGGAGAAUGUAGAUGGGUCACACGCGUUGAUCAACGGGGAGAAGUGA